GAUGUCAUCUGUAUCCCGUACAGUAGACGUAUGCAGUGUUUUUGCGUGGAUUCUGGUGCUGUCGCUUUAAAUUCUGCGCAGCGCGGAGCAGGGGGCAGUGCUUCGGUCAGGGAUGGUUCUUUGCGCCAAGAGCGACCACAGCGGCAGAGGCGGCAGAGGCGCAGGAGCAGCGGCAGAAGCGGCAGAAGAUUGAAUGAAAUGUCUUUACGCGCAGCUGGCCACACGGAAAGACACUUCCCGUGGGAUCUACGGGAGCCGCGCGAGCUCCGCGUGCUGUAGCCUGAUGUUUUAGCUGCCGAGCGCGCGGAUCUGCAGCGGCUCAGAGGACUGUAGGCCUUGGUGCUGGUUGGAUCGCGCGCGCAUUCACGGGCAGUCGGUCAGAUCCGUGGAUGAUAAAGAGCUCGUGCUCAGAUAACAGUGAAGAUGGCAGCUGCCCGCGGGAGCGGGGCGCGGAUCGUUCGGUUUUAGAUGGUUUUGGAGCCGCGCUUUGUGGAGCGUCGCGGGAGAUUAGUCCGUCCACGCGGGGAGAAAUAGCGAUGCACGUUGUGCAGGGUGUGUGCGGUGAGACAGAGGCAGAGGACACGGGGGUUUGUUAACGGUCAACGCUGGAGACAGACGGACACACGGACACGUGCAGUGCGGUCGCUUUGCAUUCGGCGGAGAGCGCGUGCCUCGCUCUUCGGACUUUGAUGGAAUGCGCCCCGCGUGAGCUGAGAGGCGUUUGUGCACACGGACCACAGCGGGGAACAUGGCAGAGGCGCCCUCCAACACCGAGCCGCCGCCGGAGCCGCCGCUGGAGAUAGACCCGGACUUUGAACCUCAGAAGCGGCCGCGCUCCUGCACCUGGCCGCUGCCCCGUCCCGAGUCCGGAGCGAGCAAACCGGGCACCAAUGACACUGACGUCAUCCCCGAGGAAGAGGACGACGAGGAUGAAGGCUCUGCCCAGAAACCCGCUGCCAAGCCCCGCGAGGCGACCGGCAGCGCGUCCCAGCCCGUGGAGGUACAGCCACGGAGCGCCCUGAAGGAGGACACCGCCGACGGCUCGCCCUCCUCGGUGCAGUUUUCCGCUUCGGCCCCUGGCUCCGCAUCGCAGCAGCUGAGGAAGUCCUCCGCCCGCAGGAACGCCUGGGGGAACUACUCGUACGCGGACCUCAUCACCCAGGCCAUCGAGAGCUCCCCGGAGAAGCGCCUGACCCUGUCCCAGAUCUACGACUGGAUGGUGCGCUCAGUGCCGUAUUUCAAGGACAAAGGCGACAGCAACAGCUCCGCGGGCUGGAAGAACUCAAUCCGUCACAAUUUGUCCCUGCACAGCCGCUUUGUCAAAGUCCAGAACGAGGGAACAGGGAAGAGCUCCUGGUGGAUGGUGAACCCCGAAGGAGGCAAAGGCGGGAAAGCCCCCCGCCGCCGCGCCGUUUCCAUGGACAACAGUAAAUACAUCAAAGGCGCCAGAGGUCGGGCCACCAAGAAGAAGGCGUCUCUCCAAGCCGCUCAAGAUGGCAGCUCCGAAAGCUCCUCCAGUUUGUCCAAAUGGACCGGCAGCCCUACGUCGAGGAGCAGCGAUGAACUGGAUGCUUGGACAGAUUUUCGCUCAAGAACCAAUUCGAAUGCUAGCACUCUCAGCGGACGAUUGUCUCCGAUUUUGGCUAAUCUUGAGCUGGAUGAAGUCCCAGAUGACGACCCAUUAUCUCCAAUGCUAUACUCCAGUCCUAGCAGCAUGUCGCCCUCUACUGGCACAACCGGGCUCUCCGAUCUCGGGACGAUGAACUUGAAUGAUGGUUUGUCUGAUAACCUCAUGGACGAUCUUUUGGAUAAUAUUAGCUUGACCGCAUCACAGCAGCCGCCGCCCGGGGAAGAGGACAGCAGUCCCAAUGGUCAAGUCUUUACGUUUACGUGCGGCAGUCCCUCCGGCAGCUAUGGACCCGGGAACUUGUUCAGUCCCACUUCGAUUACAAGUUUGCGGCAGUCUCCAAUGCAAACCAUACAGGAAAACAAGCAAGCCACGUUUUCCUCUCAUUUCGGUGAAGGCUUACAGGACAUGCUAGCUUCGUUGGACUCCCCCGGCAACGUCUUGCUAACUCAGUCCGAUCCACUAAUGUCGCAAGCUAGUAAUGCCGUAGCUUUGCAGAAUUCUCGCCGAAAUGCCAUGCUGCUUCGUAAAGAUCACUUGAAUCACGGGGGCCAAACGCCGAGCUCUUCUGUGCCUGUGGGAUGGCAAGCUGGCUUGUCCACCCAUGAAAAUUUGGGAUUACGAGGCGAAACGGACCCAAAACAACGGCUAAAAUCACCAAGCAAAAUGGCCGCCCCUAUGCAGCUAAUAUCCCAGGAUCGAUUCGGAGGCGAUUUGGAGUUGGAUGUUUUCAAUGAGUGCGAUAUGGAUUCGAUCAUUCGGAAUGAGCUCAUGGAUGCGGACUGCCUGGACCUGAGCUUUGACUCUGCCCCAAACAAGAAGUCCGGGAGUUUGUCGGGAUCAAAACAAACGUCGCCUCAGAGCUGGGUGCCAAGCUGAAGAAGCAUGUUCAAAAAAUACUAAUAAUAUUUUGAGUGGUGUACAUGUAAAAUAGGAAAAAGAAAUGGAGACGAUGCUGUGGCCUGGCCUGCCCUCAGUCAGUUCCCCACACAUGGGUUUUAGAAUGUGGAAAUAUAGGACGGCUGCCAUUGCGAUUAACAAUUUAAAGCAAAAUAUGAUAACUUUUGAAUGGGACAAAAGUUCUGAAAAUGUUGCAUAACACAAAGCUGAAAUCGGUGAAUACAGAGAAAUAUAGAGAAGGGCUGCAAUAUUAAAGGCGCUGUACCUGAUUUUGACGGUUUGCACUACAGUUUAGUCCUGGUUUAGUCCUGGUGCAGUCCUCUAUUAGUCCUGGUUUAGCUCUGGUUUAGGUUUGGUUUAGUUCUGGUUUAAUUCUGGUUUAGUUAUUUAUUAGUCCUGGUUUCUGCUGUUUCCUUCUGACCCUCUUCAUCCAUAUGAAGUCUCCAUGAGGUUCAGAAUGAAGAAAAAUGAUCUCCAUUACCAUAGCGAUUAACAAUUUACAAGCAAAAUAUUAAAUCUUUUGAAGUGGAAACAGGAAGUUGAAACUAAUAAAUAGAUUUUGAUAAUAACAACUUUUGUUUUAUUUACACAGAGGUGGAAAGGGUACCACAAAUUUGUUCGAAAGUAGAAGUACACUUUACAAGUACAAGUACUACUGCCAAAAUUGCACUUAAGUAAAAGUACACAUGAAAAAUACUGCUCUAAAUGGCUAUAACCCACCUGGGCUUGUGGACUAGGUGAGCUUGGCUGGCCAGGCUACGGCAAUGGAACAGGAGGGAAAAAUCCAUGUGAAUCUUGUGUUACUGUUGUUCUGUGGUUGGUUCUUCUGUCUGGUUCUGGACUUUAGCUCACGACUUUUCAAAGAUCAAGGCCUUUACGUUAUCGACAUUUGGUUACAUGAAAAACUGCUCUCCGUCUCAGGGAUUCACAGUCAUAACACUACAGAUAAUAAUCCGCAUUUUCACCAACAUGACCACCAGGGGGCUGUUUACACCAGAAUGCUGUUGGUCUAAUAAAAAUCUUUGUAGCUUCAAUCCUGCCCAUGUAUCUGACUCUGAAGUCGAAUUCAAGUUCAGACUGACAUCUCUGUAUUUUUGAUACAGAGGUGUCAGUCUGAUCCCCACUCCCUCUGUUGGAUCCAUAGACUGUAUAUAUAAAUGGACAUAGCUAACCUGCUAGCCGCCGCGUUCCAAACAGGAAGUGAUCAUGGGCGUGUUUCUGGCUCCAUCGACACUUUUACAUUGAAAAACUGUGUCCCCUCUCUCUGUAACUGCUGCUGUCAUUUUGGUCUUGAAAUGUUCAUAUUAACUCGUUCUACAUGAUCCUGGGUUUUUUAUUUCACUAUUGUGUCCAGACCUCAAGAUAUGAACAUUAAUAACAAACAAAUCGGGUGUCUUUUUUCCCCUUUUUCACUAGCAUUUGCAAUUGGUUUGAUUGCUAAGUGGCUGCUCCCUGCUAAACAGAGUAAAUAUGGAACUGGGCUCCAAAUUGGCCGCUAUAACUGCUAGCAACAAUAAGCUUGAUUUGACUGGAGCCGAACGCUGUGGGUGAUGUCACACUCACGUAGUCCACUUCUUUAUACAGUCUGUGGUCGAGUCUCGAGCCGGAACCAAACACAAUCAUCCAAUCAGAUUUAUUAAUUUUAGUGACUCAUCUCUCACUGAUUCUGCAGAAUUCCACCAUGUUUUUCGGUCCCUUGUGAUAUUUUUUCCUCGUAAGCAGCCAUAUUUCUUUUGUUACUGACUGACCAUGCAUGUCCCCGUUUGGUUAAUCCCCCUGUCCAUCGUGGCCAUCUGAACUCUGGGAGAUUCACUAUGACCAGACUCACAACUUUAAAAAGUAUUCAAGAAUUGUGGGUUCUGGAUCCCAGGUAAAAAUCAUUAUUUAUUCUCCACCAAAGCCAAACCAAAAAGACGAUUUUCGAUCAUUUCUAUUUAUAAUUAGACACAGGCAGGACACAGCGGACUUAUUUUGACCUGAAGAGCUGCUUUUGUAUUAUGUGUACUGGGGUAGGACACAUUUUACUCAAAUACAUAAAAAAAACAAAACUUUAAGUGAAACGCUUCAUAAUCACGGACUACUUUCCCAAACGUGUUCUCAUGUAAACAGCUCCACAAACCCAGAAAAACAUGAUUUUUGCCAAACCAGCUCUUGACCCUCGCGGCCAUCGGCAUGUUUACAGUCGCUGCAGAGAAUGUCGCAUACAUUGGAGCAUACUUGACAAGCUUUUUUUAAUUUACUUUGAAACUAAGUGUAGCCUAAACGAGCGUAUUCUGUGUUCUUUAAGAGCUUUGUCCUUCCUCCCCUUUCAAACCUCUGAUACCCAUCUGUUCAGAUCAACAUUGUGAAGUUUCCUAUGUAAGCUUUUAUUUUGUAUUCUAGUGGUUACUUUUGAAAAGUCCUGGUAAAUAAUGGUGUUUCCUUCCUUCAUCUUCCAGUAUCUGCAAUAGUAGAGGUAUUGCUAUAGUUUAGGACAGAGUUAAGUGUGUUUUUAGCUUUAGACUUACAUAAGAGGUACUAAAAUCAUCUGCACUAUUUUAAGAUGUUCAUUUAAAGGGAAAGAGGAGUAUUUUGUGGAAGUGGGUUAGCAAGAUUGUGAUGGAAUCGUGGCACGUGACCCAGACGCCAUUUUGAGAACUUUAGACCUCACAAAUAGAACAGCUGUAUUUGGAAUUGUUUAUUAUUGCUACUGCAACUGUUCCCCAUAAAGAAAAUGUUCUUUUACAAUUGGUCCUGGUUUAGUAUGGGUUUAGACUGGUUUUGUCCUGGUUUAGUCCUGGUUUAGUCCUCGGUUUAGCCCUGGUUUAGUCCUGUUGUGAAUUGGUUAGGAUCUAGUCCUGGUUUAGUCCUUGGUUUUGUUCUGGUUUUAUCCUGGUUUAGUCCUGGGUUUAGUCCUGGGUUUAGUCCUGGGUUUAGUCCUGGUUUAAUCCUGGUUUAGUCCUCAGUUUAGUCCUGGUUUAGCCCCAUUGUAGACUUGGUUAGGCUCUAGUCUUGUUUUAAUCCUGGUCUAGUCCGAGUCUAGUUCCAGGUGCAGUCCCAGUUGUGACCCUGUUUGCCAGUGUGAACCCGCUUACACAGAAUCUCUCUCAUCCCCUUUAAGAUGGACUUGGUGCUAUUCAAACGAUGACGUAACACUAGGAGCCGUGUGAUCAGCACUGAGGAGGUGCUCGGUACAAACACGUUACCGUCAAAGAGGAGCCAUUUUAUUCACGUUUUAGUAUUACACAGACACAUUUUAGUAUUACAUACUGCCAAACUAUGUCUGCUUUGGAAACUGGAUGGUCUGUGUAACAUAUGAAACACAGAAAUGUACAGUACUGUGCAAAAAGAUAUGCUAUAUGUUAUAUAUAUGUGAAAUGGUCCAAAAAGUAAUUUUAUUCAAGUGGACCUAAAAAACGAAUUUCGCUCCCUAAACGCAUAUAUGGUGUUUGAACAGCUUCAUUUGCUGUUUUAGGUCUUUUUUUUUCAGCAUUUUUAGUGUAAACGAGGUAAAUGUGCAGCUUUGUGAUCAAAAACAUAUAAAAGUGUGUGCUGCCUCCAGUGGCAGUUGGUGACAUCACACAGAACUGCCCUGAUCACAAACACCUGCCUGCAGGUCCACACUCCUGUUAGAACAUAACACUUUAAAUCUAUAAAUGUUUAUAUUUUGCAUAGUAUCCAUUUUUUUUUAAUAUAACCAACUGGCCAGAGUGCUAACCACUCGUCAAUCAAUGCAUACUGUUGUUGUGUCCUUGGGCAAGACACUUCAGUUUGAUCAGAUGUGAUUGGAGAUACUUAAUUUAAAUGCUUCAUUUAGUUGUAAUCAUAGACCGUAUAUAUAAAUGGUCAUAGCUAACCUGAUAGCCGCCGCGUUCAAGUGAUCAUAGGUGCACUUCAGGCUCUAUCGAUUCUUUUACUUUCUGUUAAAAACUGUACCGCUCUCUCUGUAACUGCUGCUGUCAGACUCGUCAUUUUGGUCUUAAAAUAUUCAUAUUAACCCGCUCUACAUGAUCCUGGGGUUUUAAUUUCACUAUUGUGUCUGUAAAUCAAGAUAUGAACAUUAAAAACAACAAUCUG